CAAGAGCACACUCUCUCACCAUCUUGCUUGCUUGCUUGCUUGCUUGCUUGUGCACAAGAAGAGAAGAAGAAGAAGAAGAAGAAAAAAGCCAAAGAAGAGGAGAAGAGAAGGCGGACAGUGGUGCAGUGAUGAUGGAGAUGGAUGUGGAUGCAGGCAGCAGCAGUGGUGGUGGUGUUGAGGGGAUGGUUGACAUUGGGCCUGACGCAGGCCACUUGCUCAAACGACGGAGACAGCCAGGUAUCACGCCCAUCCUGCCAAGGACAGGUGACGCUGUCACCAUCACAUACGUUCUGCGACAUGGAGACCGCAUCCUUGAAGACCGGUCUCAAGGAGAAGGGCAUCCGCUCACCUUCACCCUUGGACACCAACAAGUCAUCAAGGUGUGCGCUGCAGUGCAGCGAAGGAAACGUGAAGGCGUGGUAUCAUCGGGCGGCGGCACAGCUGCGGCUGAACAGGCUGGACGACGCAAAGCACAGCAUCGACAGCGCACUUGCUCUCGACCCUCACAACAAGGUGAGCGCAAAGGCAUUACGGAGCAAGAUUGAUGCUGCGCUGACCCGCUCAGACGAGCGCGCAAAACGCAUGUACAAGCAAAUGUUUGCUUCCCCUUCCUCAGCAUAG